GCGUUGGUCAGCCGUCGUCAGUCUGGAUCGACACUCGGUACGAGGCGAACGCGUUUUCUAGGAAGCAGCAGCCACAGCAGCCGGAGCCGGAGCAGCAGUUGGAUCCCUCUCUCUCCUCCCCCCGGAAGUGUGUGCGUGUGGGUGCGUGUACUGAUUUGGUUGGUUGUUCCUUCUUGGUGGAUUGUUCAUUGUGGGUUGGCGAGGAUCUUCUCCGUCUCUCUCUCGCUCCCAUACCUUGCCGUGUUAGUGUUCUUUUUGUGGAUGUUAGUGGAUUUUUUUUGGGAUUGGAACAGUGCUCUAAGAGCAAGAGAGUGCGAUCAGUCAGUAGUUGGGCAGAGUUGGAGCCAGAAGUUGCCAGAAGAACAACCGUGUAGACAAGAGGAUUUUUUUUGGGGAGGACGAAGCCAUAGUGAACUUGGCGAAGACGACGACGACAGAGAAGAGAACAACGAGAAGUGUUCGUGAAUCAGGAGUUUAAGUUAUCAGUAGUGUACAUCAGUAGCAGCGCCGUUGCAGCUAUCGAAGACAAGGAAGACGACGGUGCAGUAGUCGAAGAAACGAGAGCAGUGAGAGUGUUUGAACAAGUGUGGUGAUCGUGGCUGUUAAUUUGUUGAGCAAACAAUAUUAUGCAUUUAAGAGUAAUACACGCAAAUUAAUACUGAAAAACGUGCCAGUUACGAAAGUGUUUGGCGACGUGAAGAACCUGUGCAGCAGCAACAGCAAGUGCAAAACAAGUCAAAAAAAUUCUACAGGAAAAUUAUUAAAAAAAAAAAAAAACAAGUGCGAUAAUCGACACUGCUGAUCAAACAGAAUCAAAGUCAAAGUCCGGAUCAAUGAACCACCUCAAAACGGCCUCAACUUUGCUGGACCCUGAGUCUAAUCAACUUUGAGCAGCAGCAGCAGCGACCUAAUCAACUUUUGAAGGUUCUACAAAUCAUCGUCGAGAUUCAUGCAAAACGGCACCACGAAAAUACACAGAGAGCGAUAUUCCACGCACCACCAGCAGGCGAUUUAUUUUUAGCGCUCUUCCCCAAGCAGUCCUAAGCCGCAGUUUGCGGCAGUUGCGGUUAUACGAACCUGACCGUUUCGAGUCGCUAGAACCGAUCCUCCGAGCUCCGUCUGAUCCUGUGCUGGAAGAGCGCGAGGCCUGAGCGUUAUGCAACCGGCCGGAUAGAUGAGAGAGGUGAAGUUCGUCGCGUCUCAAGCCGUCGAAGAAGACACUCGUGAACGCUGCGUGAUAUCGCGACGGCAACACCGGUAAUUCCAGUCCUGCUGCUGUGGGUUCCGGACUGGUUUCCAGACAAACCGUACGGGGUGCGAUUGCCGGGCGGUUCGUGUGUUUGAUUUCGAGGAAGAUUACGUUGAGGGAAGGAAGAAAGAAAGAAGAAGAAGUGUAAUCCGUUUGAGGGGGUGAGGUUUGGCUGAAUGAAAUUGAAUAACCCUGUCCCGACGAAGUGACGAACAGUCCGCACUUGUCUCAGGGGCAAGUGUUUUGUGAGUGUGUGUUUGUUUUCUUAAAAUACUUGUUUUAUUUUGAUGACGUGCUGGGGGAAAAUAAACAGCUUGUUUAAAAUAGUGCCGAUCUCCGUGGUGGGUGCAUGUCGUGAAUAAGAGUCGGUCGAGGUGUAUUUUGCAUAGUCGUCAGCCGAAGGGGGGAAGCAAAUCAAUCAAAAGUGAGCAAGGUGAAAGAAUCGUUGAAUGAUUGAAUGAGUGUUCAAGCGUGAGCGUUUUUCAAGCUAAACGAAGAAAACGAAGAAGCAGAUGUGCAACUAGGCUUGAAAGCUGAAGAAGUCAAGGAGGUUGCAAAGUUUGCCACUUUUCCGGGCCGGGAAAAGUUUUGAUUUUCCUGCUACUACUCUGCUGGAUGGAGACAUCAGAACCGAUGCAGUGAGACAGCGAACGGUGCCACCACUUCCCACGGAAGGUCUUGAAGCACAUGGUGUCUUCCAUCGCCUGGAGUCGCGCCGAUCGGCCCCGCUCAAAGGGGCCAUGACGCGUUGGCCCGUUCUAUUGCUCGCACUGCUGUUGCUGCUGCCCUCGGCAGUGUUCGCCAGCAUCCCGACGACGAUCGACGAUGGAACGUCCGCCCAGCCGUCACAGUCCACCGGGGCGUCCAGCUUGUCGUCCCUAUCGCUGCCUUCGGGGUUCUCCUCCCUGGGGGCAGCAGCAGCAGCAGCAGGUCAGUCAACUCUACUCAGCAACAACCCGUCGAUGGGCGGAACUCAAGCUCUGGCACAGCCCCAGUUCUCGUACGCCUCGGGGGCGACCUACGUGCCAAAGCUAGCGCCGAACGCGACCGGCCAAAAGUUCAAGAACAACCGGACGCAGCUCACGCUAGGCUACCUGACGGCCCUGAAGGGCAACAUGAAGGACAAGCAGGGUCUCACCAUCUCCGGUGCGUUGACGAUCGCCCUCGAGGAGAUCAACAAUGAUCCGGACCUGCUGCCGAACGUGACGCUGGCCCUGCGGUGGUACGACACCCGCGGCGAAACGGUGACCGCCACCCGGCACAUCACCGAGAUGAUCUGCGACGGCGUUUCGGCCAUCUUUGGGCCCGAGGGAACGUGCAAGACGGAGGCAAUCGUGUCGCAGAGCCGGGACAUCCCGAUGAUCUCAUACAGAUGUUCCGAACUUCAUCGCAACACACCGAUUCCAACGUUUGCCAGAACGGAACCUCCGGACACACAGGUCACCAAAUCCAUCAUCUCACUCCUAAUGUACUACGGCUGGAAGAAGUUCACGAUCGUGCACGAGGAGCAGUGGAAGAACGUGGCCGUCUCGCUCGAGAGCCAGGCCGGCCGGAACAACCUGACGGUGAACCGCGUCGAGGAGGUCAUCGACAACCACAAGUGCUGCGAAAAUAGUCUGGAUUGUUGUCGUAGUGGAUAUUGGUAUACGAUAAUCCAGAAUACGAUGAACCGCACCCGGAUCUACGUGUUCCUCGGUAAUCCGAACGCCCUCGUCGACAUGAUGACCCAGAUGGACGCGAUGCAGCUGUUUGCGAAAGGUGAAUAUCUGGUGAUAUUCGUUGACAUGAUGACUUAUUCGCUGAAAGAGUCAAAAAAGUACCUGUGGCGGGCGGACCGCGUUUCGCACAUUAAAAACUGCAACGAAACGGGCCAGUUCGAGAUGCGGGGCCGCAGCCUGCUGGUGGUGGUUGCGUCCGAGCCCCAGCCCGAGUUCGAGCAGUUCACGGCCAAGGUGCGGGCGUACAACCAGCAGAAGCCGUUCAUGUUCAAGAUGCCCACGCUGUUCAAGGAGUUCCCGAAGUACGUGUCAAUCUACGCGGCCUAUCUGUACGAUUCCGUGAAACUGUACGCCUGGGCGCUGGACAAACUGCUGAAGGCCGAGCAGCAGCACCGGCCCCUCACCGACGAGGUCAUCCACGAGGUGGCCAGCAACGGAACUCGCAUCAUCGAAACCAUCAUCCAGAACCGAACCUAUAAAAGUAUCGCCGGUGCGAUGAUCCGGAUCGACGAGUUCGGUGACUCCGAGGGUAACUUUUCGGUGCUGGCCUUCAAGCGGGAACCGUACACGGAGGGAAACUUUUCCUGCGACUUCCAGAUGAUGCCGGUGGCGCACUUUCAGAUGCGGACCGUCCCGCUGCAUGGAGGUGGAGCUGGAGCUGGCGGCAGCAACGAUUCCAGCCUGAAGCGAAUCGAUGAAAUCCCAGAGUUCAAGCUGUCCAAGGGUGGCAUCACCAUCGACUGGGCCGGCUCGGAGCGGCCGAUGGACGAGCCGGCCUGUGGCUUCAUGAACGAGCACUGCACCAAGGACGAGUCGCACAUCACGUCGAUGGUGACGGCCAUCGUGCUGGCGAUGGUGCUGUUCUGCGCCAGCGUCAUCACGAUGAGCAUCUACCGCAAGUGGAAGAUCGAGCUGGAAAUCGAGGGCCUGCUGUGGAAGAUUGACCCCGGCGAAAUUAAGGGCUACUUCAACACGGAAAUCGUGUCGUCACCGAGCAAGCUGAGUCUGGCCAGUGCUCAGUCGUUCGGGUCCCGCUGCUCGAACCAGGUGUUCACGCCGACGGCCGGCUUCCGGGGCGUGGUGGUGCGCAUCAAAGAACUGAAAUUCUCCCGCCGCAAGGACAUCUCGCGCGAAAUCAUGAAGGAGAUGCGGCUGCUGCGCGAACUCCGCCACGACAACAUCAACAGCUUCAUCGGGGCGUGCGUCGAACCGAUGCGGAUCCUUCUAGUCACGGAUUACUGCGCCAAGGGCAGCCUGUACGACAUCGUCGAGAACGAGGACAUCAAGCUGGACGACCUGUUCAUCGCGUCGCUCGUGCACGACCUCGUAAAGGCCAUGAUCUACAUCCACAGUUCAGCUUUAAACUACCACGGGAAUCUCAAGUCCUCAAACUGCGUGGUCACCUCCCGCUGGAUGCUCCAGGUGACCGAUUUUGGUCUGCACGACCUGCGGCACUGCGCCGAAAACGAGUCGAUCGGCGAGCAUCAGCACUACAGAAAUCUUUUCUGGAAGUCUCCGGAGCUGCUCCGUCAGCCAAACCUGUACGGCAGUCAGAAAGGGGACGUGUACGCGUUCGCCAUCAUCCUGUUCGAGAUCAUUGGGCGGCGGGGUCCGUUCGGCUACAGUGAUCUGGAGCCGAUCUCGAUCGUGGAGCUGGUGCGGUCCUAUCCGGAACCGGGGCAGGAGCCGUUCAGGCCGGACAUCGAAAGCGUUAUCGACAGCGAUACCGUGCCGGACUAUGUGAUCAACUGCAUCCGGGAGUGCUGGGACGAGAACCCGGAGAGCAGGCCGGAGUUUCCACAGAUAAGAGCAAAGCUGAAGCGGAUGCGCGGCGGCAAGUCCAAGAACAUCAUGGACCAGAUGAUGGAGAUGAUGGAAAAGUACGCCAACAACCUGGAGGAGAUCGUGCAGGACCGAACGCGGCUGCUGUGCGAGGAGAAGCGCAAAACGGAAGACCUGCUGCACCGGAUGCUGCCCCAGCCGGUGGCGGAGAAGCUUACGAUGGGUCUCGGGGUGGAACCGGUGUCGUACGACUCGGUGACGAUCUACUUUAGCGACAUUGUUGGUUUUACAGCGAUGUCGGCGGAGAGUACGCCGCUGCAGGUGGUCAACUUUUUGAACGAUCUUUACACGGUGUUUGAUCGGAUCAUUAAGGGGUACGACGUUUACAAGGUGGAGACGAUCGGGGACGCUUACAUGGUGGUGUCGGGGCUACCGAUCUCAAACGGAAACCGACACGUGGGUGAAAUCGCGUCGAUGUCGCUGGAACUGUUGCAGGCGGUUCGGACGCACCGGAUCUCGCACCGUCCGAACGAAACACUUAAGCUGCGGAUCGGGAUUCAUACGGGGCCGGUGGUGGCCGGCGUGGUGGGACUUACGAUGCCCCGGUACUGCCUGUUUGGGGACACGGUCAAUACGGCCUCGCGAAUGGAGUCGAACGGGGAAGCGCUGAAGAUUCACAUUUCGCCGCAGUGCCGGGACGCGCUAGAGGAACUUGGGGGCUACGUGAUGGUCGAACGGGGCCUGAUUGCGCUCAAGGGCAAAGGGGACGUGAUGACGUACUGGCUAGAGGGCGCCACCGAUGAUGCGAUCCAAAAGCAACCGGUGAACGUGGGAGAUCUACCGCCGCCGUUGUUCUGCCGACCGCGACGAUCUCCAAAGUUGACGUACGACUCACGCCACCCCAGCAUGACCGGAAUAGGCUACGCUGGAAGUCGACGCCAGUCGUACGUCGCCCAGCGCGAUCUCGAAAGCAAUUACAGCCUGCAGGGUUCGGUGUUUGGACCGUCCGCGGGAACCCAACGGGACUCGCCGCGGAUCUACCAACGGCACGGCGCCCCACUGUACAUCAACGACGACUCCCAAAGUACUUUAGAGCAGCAACGAACUGCAAUAGACAAAACCGAAUCUAGUGAUAGUCUAGUGAAGAAAGUCAUCAUCAACAGUAGCACUAAGAAGUUUAGAGAUAAGCUCCGCUCGAUCGCCUCGACCGACGGCUCCCCAUCCGCCUCCUCGUCGUUCCUCCGCGAAAGCCGCUCGCUCGAUCCCUUCCCGAGCGACGUCCGCCGGCGGUUGGAAAGUAUUAGAAGUGAUCGCAAACCUCGCAGCACCUGGGGCACCACGCACCGGGGAUCGCACUCGAUGGACGCGGGCGUGGCCACCAUCAGCAACGAGUCGAUCGACACGGAACCCAACGCCGGACGACCUGCGCCAACCUUCACCACCGUUCCGGAGGACCACUCGCCGGCGGCCUACAAGUACCUCAACAACAACUGCAACGGCUCCAUCGGCGGCGGCCAGGAAGAAUCGCACUGUCCCCUCCUGACGCGCCAAACGUCGCUCGUCACCCCGGGUCAGGACGGGGACUCCCUGAGCACCCACAAGCGGUGGUACUCGCUGGAGAACGUCGUCGGAGGCAACUCGCCGCUCGAUGACGACAGCUGCAGCAAAAAGUCCACCACGCGGAACUCGAUCAAGUCGUGGAUUGUGGGCAUUUUCCACGGCAACGGGUUCAAAACCAGCGAUUCUAGUCUGCGUAAGGUCGGGGUGGUGCCGGUCGGGGUAGGGACGGGCGUGACCGGGUUCGGGGAGUUGCAGUCGACGCCCGAGAAGGAGAGCAUGGUUUGAUGAUGAAGAGGAGGAGAAGCGGGAGGAAUGGGUUUUAUCCACUGUACCAUAUUAGUCACAAAUGGGUUCUAAGUGUAUGCGUGUUCGUGUAUUUGUUUGUAUGUAUGUAUUUGUGUGUAAGUAACGAGAUCGCGCAGUGAUGGUAAAGAUUUGGCUUUUCGCGACUUAGUUGCUUAACUUGAAAGAGUGAUUGAUUUGAAAUUUAGUUUGGUUUCAUUCUUUUAAAUUUUAAAUUCGGUUUUUUAAUUGUUAUGCAUAUUUUUGUUAGGUCUAGUCGGCAAUUUAUUUAUUUUUUUAAAUCCCUUCUAUCGUUUACGCUUUGGUGGGGUUGUUGGUUUGUCUUCUUCGUCCUUCUCCACCACCGGUAUUUGUUGAGGGCAGGGCUGCCAGGUUGCCAGAUAAAUCUGGGAAUGCCAGAUUUUUAAAAAGUCAGCCAGAAUAAAGAUUCACCCUUCUCUGUGCCAGAUAUUGAUAGAUUUUGCCAAAUUUAUCACGUUAUGCCCAUUUUGAACAACUUUUUGUUUAGAAUGAACGAAUUUAAUAGAAAAUAAAAAAAGGAGAUUUUCGUCUGAAAGAUUUUCCAAAUUUUGACCUGGUUACCCUGGUUGAGGGGGUAAGGGAGCAUGUGACAGGAACUGCCAGGGGUCUAGUGCUCACCAUGAGAGCCUUGAGAUCUGGUAGCUAUCGAAAACCAGAUGGCAAGAUGACCGGACAAGAUUCGAGCCCUAACCGUUUGCUUGAAUCGCAGAUUUUUUAACUAGAAAUUUAAGCCUUAUUAACAGCAAAAUUAAAUUUAGUGUUGAAAUUUGGUUUUCAAAGUAACCUCUUUAAAAAUUUGCCCGAUAAUUGGAAAAUGGUCCACUACACGCGAACAUUUUUUGCCUCGACUUUUUAUGGAAAUUGUCAUAACUCUGAAUAGAAAACAGUUAGAGUCCCACUUUUUCUAUUGGGUCCUGUAGAAAUGUUAUGCAAAGUUAACGAGACGUAAACUGAUCUGAUUGUUUCAAUAGUUUCUUCAAAAAAGUGGACCAAUUCAAAUAAACUGUUUUCAAAAACAUAAACGAUAACAUAAAAAAAAUCAACCAUCCUAAAUUGAUUUUGAAUUAUUUUGCAGGAAAAAUAGAAAAGAAACAAAAUAAUGUUUAAGUAGUGCAGCUUUUCAAAAGGUAGUAUGUAUAAAAAAUCGAAGUGCUUCAAAAAAGUACUCUUGAAAUGUUUUUAUAAACUUUUUUUUUUUUAAUUUUGAAUAAAACUGAGCUCAUUUAAAUUUUUUUCAAGCUGUUACUUCAAUAAGGCUUGUAAAUUCAUUUUUUUGCUUUUGUGGUAAUUAAAAGUAAGGUGUAAAGUCAAUAAUAUUUUGUUUAAUGUAAGGUCGAUACAUAGUGCAUCCAUCCCGGAAAUUUCCGGGAUUUUCCCUUAACCGGGAAUUCCUCAAAAAAUCCAUUUUUUGUCUAGAAACUCAGAUUUGAUUUUGAAAAUAAAUGAACAGUUGAAUACUUAAGCUGCCAUUACAUUACCGCAAACAAACAAUCAAACUCGCACUUUUUCAAAUUUGACAGUUUGCCGAACUCGCAAACAAGGCAAAAUGACGUUUGUAUAAUCCACGCAAACAAACAAAGCAAAAGUCAAAAGGGCGAGUUUGUUUGUUUGUUUGCGGUAGUGUAAUGGCUCUUUCAGUAAUCAACAAGAAUUUUAAAGCACUAUCAAAUUUGUAUUUGGCAUAUAUCUACAUUUAUUUGGUUUGUAAGGGAAAAUGACUAAAAUUUUAAUUUACUGAUCCGUAAAAUGCCUAGCGCUUUAAAUGAUUGACAUUAAAUUUUAUUUAUUUUUUUAGAAACAUUUUCGUUCCAUGAUAAUUUUAAACUUGAAAAAAAUCAUAUUUAUUUAUUUUUCAUCAAACAUCGGCCAAUCAGGACAAUAGUAACAAAUUAAGACAGCUGUUUAAGCCAAAAAUGUUGGCAUAACGUUCUGAUAUUUUUUAACGAACAAACAAUCAGUACACUGAUUUUCAAAUUUAUUGCUCUAAAAUAUCCUUUACCUAUUCAGACUGCAGUCCCGAUUUCCCACAGUUGGCGGCAGUGGCUGAAAUAUAAUUUGUAAAAUAUGUUUUUUAUAAAACAUGAAAUUCUAAACAUUUUUAAAGUUUUACAUUGGAUGGUUUCAUUUUAUUUGUUUUCGUUUCUUGUUUUUUUUACAGUUUCAAUGAUUUUUUUUAACUUUUGUAGUCAUUUCAUAUAAAAAAAUUAAAGAAAUAUAUUAUUAAGAAUUGUAUGAUUAUUAAUAUGAAAUAAUUUGAAUACCAUUGGAUUAAAAAUAAGGAUUCAUUAAAAAUCCAAAGCGCAACAAAAAACAAAAAACAACAAUUUUUAAUGUUUUUAAAACUAACUUAAAACUGCUGUUCUUGUUCAAAAUGUAGUAUAGAUUAUCUAAUUGUAUAAUUGUAAGCUUGAAAAACUUAACAAAUAUAAUAAAAACGUAGAUUUUUGGACUGUUUAGAAAAUUUUCCGGGAUCCCGGGAAUUCCUAGGAUCUGAGAAAUAUUUUUCCCGUUUCCCGGGAAAAUUGGACGCCCUAUCGAUACAUAUUUUUUUUCAAAUUUAUAUCUCUCCACUCUGAUCAAGGUCGAAACGGAGGAAGGGGAAGGACAAUUUACGAGUUUAUUAAUUUUUACAUUCUAAUAAAUAAAAGUAAUUCAAAGCAAACAGUUGUUUUGCAGUCAUUAGUUUUCGAAAUAAAACGGAACAUAUUGACAAAAAAUUAAAAGAUAGCUUCUUUCGAUAUGUACUUCAAAAUUCUAAGUAUUUCGAACAAUCACGAUUAAUAUGAUUACCAACGCGGGAAUUUGCUUUUUAUUUUUUAUUCCACGUCUUUUUCAUUGAAAUUUUAGUUAUUUUUGAAUUCAAAUUUGCCCUUUUAUUUUUAAAGCCAGUAUUUGAAAUGGGGACAUAAACUAAUACGUGAAAAUGUUGCAAUUUCAACCGAAUUCUGAAUGCAUAAUUUUGGAAAAAAAAGUCAAAUUAAAUUAUUUUAGUUUUCAACAAAUAUUUGGUAAAAUGACACAAAGAAGAGGUAAAACGGUGAAAAAGUAACAUUUUAGAAGCUUUUAUAAACUAAACUGAUUUUUAAUGUUUUAAUUUUUUUUGCCUUUGUUGAGUUAUGGUUUUUGAAACUAUUGAAAUUGUGAUUUCCUGCAAU